AGUAUGGCAAUCGUGAAAGAUGACUCGCCUCCUCCAGAGGGGGGGGUCCAGGGUUGGCUCUGCGUCGCUGGCUCUUUCUUGGCUCUGUUUGCUACCUUCGGAUUUUUGAACGCGUAUGGAUUAUUGAUAGGUGUUUUCCAAACAACUUACGAACAGACCAUUCUUCGCCAAUACUCCUCGUCGGAUAUAUCAUGGAUUUUUGCUGUACAACUGUGUCUGAUGUGGGCGCUGGGUCCACUAUAUGGCCGUAUUCUUGAUACCUACGGACCUGCUCCCGUUCUAUACCCAUGCAGUCUUCUCUGUGUCUUGUCUCUCUGCAUGACCAGCCUCGCAAAAGAGUACUACCAGAUUUUCCUUGCCCAGGGCUUGGGCUUCGGGAUAGGUGCUGGAGGUGUAUUUACCACCUCGAUUGUCUGUGUUGGCCAGUGGUUCGUCAGGAAACGAGGGCUGGCAGUCGGCAUUGCCACCUGCGGCUCCAGCCUUGGAGGUGUUAUUUUCCCCAUCUUCUUGAACAGAGUGAUCGGCUCUGUUGGAUUCUUUGGUGCUGUGCGAUAUACAGCACUGUUCGUCGGUGUGCUCCUAGCCGCAUCUUGUCUUAUGGUUCGAGCAAGGCUUCCUCGCAAGAAAUGGAAUAGCAAACUUCCGUGGCUUGACGUGACCUUGUUCAAACAAAAGCAAUUUGCCCUCUAUACAUUCGGUUCAUUUCUAGUCAUGUGGGGGCUUUGGGGUCCAUUUGACUAUAUAUCGAGCAUGGCACAGGAGAAAGGGUUUUCGCCGACGCUUUCCCUGUAUUUAAUUUCCCUCAUUAAGUAUAUAGCGAAAACCAUGGCGGAGCGAACAAUCAAACGCCGUAUGAUGUUGUCCAGAACCCGGACAGGUUGCCAGACGUGCAAGACACGACGAGUCAAAUGUGACGAGGCCAAGCCUAUCUGCCAGCGAUGCGUCAAGGCGAACCGCGUGUGUUCUGGUUAUUCUAUCGCAGAAGCCAAAGACAAAAACCCCAAGACUUUGAAAAUAACUUACUACGUUCCAAACAUAUUUUCUGACACAAAGAUAAUUGGUGGGAAGAGAAUCAGUAUGGGAAGCGCCCAAGACCAACACGCCCUCGACUAUUUCUUUCAAUGGUGUCUAAAAUGCUUCCCGUCCGACUUGAUGGUUCAUUCCCAAUAUUACGAGAAUCUUCAUGAACCGGCCAUAAAGCACGCCAUGGCUGCUAUGGGCUUGUACUUUGAGAUAUACAGACACGAUAUCACGGGAACGGCUCAGACGCAACGAUCAAUGGCUGCCAUGCAGCACUACGGCAAGGCGAUCAGUUCGUUAUUACAACAACCAACAAAAGAAACGGAAAGAGGGACUUCAUCGACUUUAGUACGGGCAUGUUUCCUUUUUGUCUGCAUUGAGACUUCUCAGGGCAAUUACAAGUCAGCAUUGUCGCAUUUGCAAUCCGGCUUCAGACUUUUUCAAGAGGGAAAGGAAAAAAUGCAGCAGAAAGCCAAUGAAACUCGCAACACACAGGAAGAAAACAUUUUUCAUUCUCUAUUUGGGCGUUUAUUGUGUCAACUUACAAAUUUUGAUGCUGCUGACUGUGCAAGAUUCUUUGGGCUGACGGAUUGGUCCAAGAGUGAACGUAUGGCAGAGUUCACAAAUCUCGAUAAUGCUCGGUGGGCUUUGCUCACAAUUAUCGAGAGAUUGAUUCAGAUACGGAGUCUGUGGGCUUCUCAUAACGCCUAUUCGAGUUUUCUGCCAGAUACCGCGAAUGCCUACCCCUCGGCUGAAACUAUACUUGACCACUUGGCCCAGGAGAUUCAUAGACUCGACCAGUGGAUUCUGGCAUUGAAUAUAUAUCUUAGCCAUGGUGUUCCGGUAUUCCAAGUAUGUGACGCUUACGUCCUUGGGCUUUGCGGGUUUUUCCUCAAAUUUCGCAUCACAAUGGACCGCGCAUCGAUCGGCUCCGACGACUGUCCACACCUUGAUUUUUCGCACAUUAUAAGCCUUGGAGAGACACUUCUCCGUGGAUAUGAGAUGUUGCCGCCAAAAGCCUCGUGUGCUCCAGAAGAGACAGCCCAUGGAGACAACGAAGAAGCUAAAUGUCCUGUGCAUGGGCUAUUUAUUGAUGAGAACCGUUCGCAGUUGCGAUUGGACGCCAAAAUGUCUGAGGGAAGUUCCUCAGGUCAACAGAAGCUAUUCCUAUUCUUAGCCGUGUUUUGUUCGCUCUGUGUUGCUUCGGUUUACUGCUCCGACCCUGAAACGCGCCACAAGGCCCACGAUACCGUUUUGAGUGUUUGUCGUUGUGGAGCUGGGUGGGAUAUGGAUUUGACGAACUACAUUGCCCACCUUCUAUCUCCACACAUGAAGUCAUCGAAUAACGAGGCCAAAACACCACCAUCUGAUUAUGAUGCAUCAUUUAAAUUUGAUAAACUACUGUCACAUGAAACUCAUGUAUUACUUGCCCAGCUUCGGCUCUUAAGGUAA